AUGCCCGCCGUGCUGAGAGCGAUUCUCUUGGAAACACAGAGGAGAUGCGGGCCUCAUCUUUUGGAACUUCUAGACAAAAAGAUUUUGGUUACCUACCAAAUCUGCAACAUCAUUGGAGAUGAAAGCGCUUUGCACUCUAUGCUGGCCUGCAAAGGCGCCAGCGGUCGCAAACCAUGCUAUAGGUGUCCAACCAUUCUAUCCAAGCAAUGCAGCAAGCAGCUGGGUGAAGAAAUGAUGCCUGAUGGAUUCUUUUCCAUCGCGCAUCCAUCUCUAGCUGGCUUACACCAAAGCACAGAUGAAGAUAUCUGGGAACUACUUUCUUACUUGGAAGAACAACAACCCAAUGUGAGUAAGCAACGGUUCGCGGAACUGCAGAGAAGCAUUGGAUGGACUCUAGCGCCUGGCAACUUGCAGUUGGAACCGAACCUGCGGACAUCGCUGCCGCCGAGCUGCUUCUUGUUUGACCCUUUGCAUUGUUAUUUCUCGCAAGGAAUCUUGGGAACCGAAAUGACAUUGCUCGUAGGAAGAUUGAAGCACAACAAUUAUCCAUUGUCAAGUCUGGCAGCUGCAGUCUCCGACUGCUCCAAGUCGUUUACAUCGCUGCAUCCACCCAAUGUAACAGCAUUGUCCGAUCGAUUCUUUUCAGAAGAGACAUGGAAAGCGAACGCAAGCACGCAAUUGGGCUUAUGGCCUUUGAUCCAUUGGACCCUGCAAACCCGAUUGCCUGGCCACAUCAAAGAAGCCUUGAGCGCCGAGCUUUCUAGCUUCCACGCACUUUGCGAAGAAUUGAAGCAUAUAAAUAUAUGCAAGCAUGCUGGCACAAGCCGUGGAUUAGCGACUCUGCAAUCCAUACAAGAGAAGCACAUGCUGGCCUUCGUUGCGGCCUACACCGAAGAAUGUUGCAAGCCAAAGCAUCAUUUUCGUCUCCAUGUGAUCGAGGAUUACUGGAAACGACAUCAACUCUUUGAUUGCGUGGCGUUGGAAAGAAAGCAUCGCUUAGCCAAGGCUGAGAUCGAAGCCAGAGGCAACAACCUCUCAGCAGUUGAUCGAUGCAUCACUGCGAGGCUCAAUCUCAUUCAACUAGACGAGAUGAAAUCGUAUCGCUUUGGCUUCCAGGUGGUAUCUCCAGAUAUCUUGCAGCACGGUUGCUUUCCAGUCCGAGUUCUGACCCCGCUUUGCUUCGUCGAAGCAAGCAUGCUACUCGUUCCAGUCAAAUGGGUGCAGACCCAGAAGGGACCAUGCGACCCAUGUCUGCCCUGGUGGCGAGACAUCUGUGCUUUGGCAAACGCCAGCCGUGCCUUGUUCAACGCCACGAGAAUAUCUCUGGCAUAUCGUGCUUGGCGAGGCUAUGUCCUCAACAAAGAGCGCAGACGGCAGGAAAAUGAAGCUGCUAGAGCGCGAGACCCCAGGCCAUUCCUGGGUCUCCGUGAACAAGGCUUGGAAGACAGUUCGGAUCCGGAACCGUAA